AUAAAGUUGCUGGGAGGUAGUUCGCUCAAAACCAGCUCCUACUCGUUUGGUGUUCGCAGCUUCGGCGUUCACAUAGCCUACAAUGCGGCCACAAACGCGAAUGACAUAGCGUUCGUGGAACCCAGUGUUUCCUUUGAUAAAGUAAAGGGUAUAAUUGCCGCUGGGCGGUCACUGGCCGAGCCCCCAAUUGGAAGCAACUGUUUCACGCUUGGAUGGGGUUGGACAGACCCGGUGAAGAGAACUUUAUCGGACAAGUUGCUCUUGGCUGACUAUACCAUAGUGUCUGAAGCGUCUUGCACUACUACUAUACCAGGAUACACAAAAACUGGCACGACGCUUUGCGGAAUGCCCGUGGUGGGCAAAGGAACUGCGUGUAACGGUGACAGCGGUGGACCACUCGUUUGUAUAGUCGGUGGUAAGGGUUUGUUGCACGGAAUAGUAUCGGCGG